GACCUUCUACUAAGGUUCCCGGCCUUGCACUGCAUCAUGCAGCUUAACAUCACUCAAUUAUCAGUGGUUUUACUAAAUUUAACAGUUUUACUUCUCCGUAAAGUACAUUCUUAUAUAUCAAAUUUUAAAUGCAUUGUUCCAGCUGCUCAGUUGGCAUCAGAUCGCUGUACCGAGGGUAGCAAGGUCCAAGGCCUAAAGAAUUAAUGUUUUUGUUGUAAGUUGUUUUCAGUCUAUAAUUUUAAUUUUAAUAAAUUAAUAGAAUUUACUAUUACUUACUAAACUAAUUAAUUAGUCAUUAGUAAAUAGGCAUAGUAUAGUUAUUGCCAUUUACCAUUCUUAUUAACUGUGCAUUAAAAAUACAUGUAGCCUACCAGCAACAUAGCUGGUAUAAGUGUGAGGCAACAUAUUUGAUAGAAGAGAGAAUUAACAUUGAUGAUAGAAGAGUAGGCAACAAAUUAAAUGGGGCAAGAAGUAAUAGCUGGUAUAGGAGUGGGACAAUAUAGUGGCUGGUAGAAAAGUGGGGGAAACGUAGCUAGUAGUAUAGAGGAUUGAGGGCAGCAUAGCUGGCAGACAGUGGGCCAACAUAUAAGAGUGGGGCAACAUAGUUGUAGAAUUAUGGGGGAAAAUAGCUGGUUGGUAGAAGAGAAGGGCAUACAUUUUGAUUUUGAUGAAUUACUUUUAAAAAUUAAUUAACAUUUUUUAGCUCAGAGCAGUAAGAUAUUUUACCAGCUCCAGCUUUGGGCAAAAAGUAAAAGACCCAGCUCUGAGCUUCUACUCAGAUCUCCGCUCCAGAUCCCUGUUGAACUUGUGUGAUUAUCUAUAUAAAUUGUUGAUUUCAAUUUCAGUAGGCUAGAUCUUAUUACUUUAGUUGACUAGACAAUAUAUAGCUAUUUACUCACAAAUAUACUAAUAUUCAAAUAGUAGUAAUUUAAUAAAUAGAAAGAGAAAUCAGAAAUAGAAUCACUGUAUCUGUCAUUUAUUGUGGGGGGAAGGGGUGGUUUUUGGGUCGCGGAGACUGCAAUCAGGUUUAGGUAGAAGGUAAUGUUUGCAAUUAGAUAUGGUAAAAACCUGAAAAAGGAAACAAAAAAACGUGUCACCAAGAAGCCUUCUUCAGAAAACAAACAAAGGAUAACGCCACUAUAAAAAAAUAGCUGAAAUGUUGUAUCUGAGAGGACAGCAAGAGGAAUGUGGUAGACCGUUUAAACUUAAACUCUUACAUUAACUACAUAAACUUAAACUCUUACUUGUAGUUAAUAUAAUAUAGUUUUCAGGUUUUUACCAUACCUUGUUGCACAUUUCCUUCUAUCUGUCAUUCAGGAUCAAAGGUGGACAGUAACAACCGCAACCACAUAAGUAGAGCGUCAAUUUUCUGAAUGCAGAUUAUCUGAAACACAAUUUAACCGAACUGCCCCUGUCUUUUUUUAAAUUAUUAUGGUACACAAUGUGCUUGGCAUUGAGCAUUGUUUUAUAAAAAACACUGGAAAACAAUUCUCACUGUGUCGCACAAUCCAGUUAAAAUCUAGUUACGUACUUAACAUAAGACUGGAGUAAUGGGAUCCACAAACUUGUUAAUUUUUGCGACAUAUAACGACUGCAAAGACAAAUGGACACCAGAUUUAUUUUAAGCAGCAUUGUUACAUACUGUCACAGUUUUGAAGAUUUAAUUGGGCUUGUAGAAAGAACAAUAUGUAGCAAAGGACUGAGAAAAAACAUGAACAUGACAAUGAUACCAAAGCUUGUGAUUCUAAAAAUAUUUAUUGACUUUAAUUAUUAGUAUUACAUUUCUAUAAAAAUACAAAUUCGAAUACAGAAUAAAAAAAAAGCUAAACCAACUUACAGCACAGCAAGUGAAAAGGUACACUCCUCAAAAAUACAAAUAUUAAUUUACCUACACACAAUUAUAUAACGUCUCAUUUAUGUUUGGGAAUAUAGCAAAAAUCUCUCUCAGUUAAGAAACCGAUCAGCCUAUUUAUAGGGAUAUGUUAAAGAAAUUCUAGAAAUUGCUUUACCUAAUAGCAUUCUUUAGAACCAAUAGAACGCAUUCAAAGAUAAACAACCUUCUCCCAAUCAAGGGAGGCAUGGGUAAGGAAUGACACAGAACAUUUAUUUGGUGACGUUAAUCUUAAGGCCAUACUAGAGGUAGUCAAGUGGUGAUAGCUAAAAAUAGAUCUACCUUGAAGUGAAAAAAUAGGCAAAUUCAUAGUUUUUUACUCCCAAAAGUAAUUAGCCAUUGAGAUUGAAAUUAUUUUACUUUCAUAAUAAUUUUGCAGGGAAGGAUUUUACAGUGAGACAUGAGAAUGCUGAAGACACAUCAGUCUUGUUUUGCAUCUCUUUUGAAAUUUACUAACUGUAGGAACGGGAUAUUGUCAUUUUCAUCGAACAUAACCGAAAGAGCAAGUCAUUCUGUGAAAUAUGUGCACUGCAAAAAACGUAUACCUACUGAUAAGUGUUUAAAUUCAGAAUAUAAUGGAGUUCAUCAUGAAAAAGCAUUAUCAGUGAUACCUGCAUCUCAGCUUUUUAAAAACAAUAUUCGAUGGACAGCAUUCAAAUAUUCUUAUAAAUCAGUAUUUUCCAGAAGUUGUGUAAUAUCAAAUGGCAUUUUUCCAAUAACAUCAUUACACAAUUUAUCACUACUGAAAGCUUCCAUCCACCAGACAUCAUUUCCUCACAGACUAAAACAUGCUCAAAGAAAAAGUAAAGGGGGCAAUUUUUCUACAACUCGACUCAUCUUAGAAUCCACUCCCCUUUCACUGCAACCAUACCUGAGACUUAUUAGGUUUGACAAACCAAUAGGUGAGUAGUCACAAACUGAGCUAAGGGUAUAAAUAAGUUUUAACGUCUUCUUCGGUAUUAUGCUUUGAGAGUAAUGUCUCAUUUUAUUGCUUAAAUUGUUAUUUUAUAUUUAAAUAAUGGUAACUUUUUUGUCCUUUUGAAAUAAAAUUUGAUUAAAAAAUGUGUUCCCAGGAACAUGGCUUUUGUAUUGGCCCUGCACUUGGAGCAUAGCAUUAGCAGCUCCACCUGGAUGCAUGCCUGAUCUGAAAUUACUGGCACUGUUUGGUGCUGGUGCAUUCUUUAUGAGAGGAGCUGGAUGCAUUAUUAAUGAUAUGUGGGAUAAAGAUUUUGAUUCAAAGGUAUAUUUAAACUACCAUUUAUGUUGAAAAGUUAGGAUAAUGGUAUCUUUGUUCUCUUCCUUUAAUUAUUUGAAUGGCUUUUUACAUAGGCAUCAUUAUUUAAGUUAAGUUACCUCUAUUAUUUUUUACUUGAACAACUUCACUGCACACAGGUUGCUAGAACCAGAACUCGACCGUUAGUCUCUGGGGAGAUCACCUAUUUUCAGGCAUUAGUGUUUCUUGGGACGCAGCUAUCCUGUGCAUUGGCAAUCUUGUUACAGCUCAAUCAGUAUAGGUACUUUGUAAUCUGUACAUUUUGGCAACAGCUUAGCUUGAUGAGAUGUUCAUCUCAUUGUCAUUUAUAGCUAUAAUUAUUUAACUUAAAUAUUGAUAAUUUAUGAGUUAUCCAGUUUGUAAUAAAAUAUUAGUUUACUCAUUCAAAGUUUACUCAUCUUUGAUAUCUCUAAUUUUUCAAAAUGUCCAUUAUAUAUUUUACAGUAUCAUUUUGGGAGCUGCUAACAUGGGGCUAGUAAUUGUUUAUCCAUUGUGCAAACGCUUUACAUACUGGCCACAGGUCAUGUUAGGUAGGUGUUGGACAUGAGUGCUGUUGUGGCACUUAGAUGAAUGUGACCAUGUUAUGCAAAUGCAAGGUAUUAGAUCAUAGCGUGAGCGCACUGUCUCUUAUGAAAUUGUUGUUACUUUCCUCUGUGGAAGGUGUAUGCUGCACUAGGAUUUCUUUUUAAAUUUUGUUUGGCAUGGUUUUAUUAUGAAGUACCGGUAUAUAAAAAUAUUUGACCAACAACUAACCGACAGUGUAAAUUAUUUCAUGUCAUUAUUGGUGUAUCUGGAAGUCUAGUAUUAAUUAGACAUUAAAAAUAACUACUAAAUUACAUGUAAAAUGAAAUGAUUAAAGUACCUAGACCCGCAAAAAAAAAUGUUUUCCAGAAAAACUGCCGUCAGUAAGAAAUUGAUCAUAAAUUUUAGAUAUCUCCCUCAGUGGUUGAGCAACCAAUUUAUCAACAGUACUGCUGAGUCUUUCUCUGAUGAUUUACAAUUGUAGAUUACAUUUUGUGCUGGUCUAUAUGUGGCAUGACUGCAUAUCUCUUUUAUUUCACAGAAUUGUAAUUACUUUGUAUGAAAUUGAACAUAAGUUAAAUCCUAAGUUUGCAUUGAGCAGAAGAAAAUACAUGAUGAACUUUUUAAAGUGUUAAUUUCUCUCUGAAGAUUAACGUUACACUGGUUAUCCAUGAGUCAUUUUUUGGUUGCGGUAGACGUAAUUAUUCUGUGCAUACCCAUUGCAGUCUUCGACCGGAUUUGAUGAUUUUAUUAAUUUCAGGACUAACUCUCAAUUGGGGUGUACUGUUGGCUUGGUCUACACUGCGAGGGUCAGUGGAGGUGCCUGGCUUGAUCCUGUACAUAGCUUGCACUCUGUACACCAUCAUAUAUGAUACAUUGUAUUCACACCAGGUACAUGCAGUUGGAUGGCAAACUUGUGACAGGGAGAAAUAAAAGCUUCUCAACAUAAUGGCUCUUUAAGCUUUAUUUUAGUUACAGUUUAAUUUUAAUUAAAGUUAAUAAAUGUGUAUCAUUUUGUGUAUCCUUUGACCUGUAACCUUUUGAACCAGUGGGUUGUCUAGCAUUGAUGGACAUGAUACAAAAAUACAAAGCCAUAACAGAUUGCAUAUCCUGGGUUCACUAGUGAGAUUAAAAAGGUGGACAAGAUGUUUUCAGUGGAAUGAGCUUUGUGUAGUUUAUAAUUUUCCUAACCUGCUGUCCCUUCUAUCCGAUCCACCUCCUUCACAAUCUUUCCCUUUUUUAUACCGGUACUCUAUAAUUAUAGGUUUUUAAAAAAUUGUAAGACAAAUUCUCAUGGUUACUGGGAAUUUCAAAAUGAAUCACUUUAAUAUGUUUGUAUAAAUUGUGCUCUGAAGCUCAUUUUUUUUACACUGAAUAAAAUUCAUCAUUAUGGCAGUGUGGCAAAUACUCUCAAUGAAUUCUACACUAUAUAUCAUCAUUCACAUGCCGCUUAAAACAUGGAGCUUAAUGCUUUUUGUCACUGUUUCAUUGUUUUUAUUUUGUAUACACGGGUAUGAUUCUUUUAUAAACAUUUAUGUACCAUAACAAGACUAAUUAAUAACUAACUUAUAUUUAGCUCUUAUAAUAAGCAAAUAUCUCUCAUAUUAACAGAAAUAAUGUCAAAGUACAAAAUUAAGCCAGUUCUUUUACAAUUUUAGCUUUCCAUUUAUGAACAUUAUUACUCAUGCUUUGAAAUCUCUUUAUGUAUAAUACAUUUAAAAAAAAAAAAAUAUUACUUAUAUUAACCAGCAAUACAUUUUGUCAAACAUAUGAAGGGUUCAAGGGAAAAACCAGUGAUGUCAGUUUUUCAAUAUUAAUAUGUCAUCUCCCUUGUGGCUACAUUCCAUUUAAGAGAAUAAUAUGAUGAUACAUAGGUCCAACUGAAAAAGCAGCGUAGUCAAUACAUAAAUAGGUAGACAUCUUGAUAUUUUCAUACUUUUAUGAGGAAUUUUCAAACUUUAAAUUCAAUUUUCUCAAAACCUGACAUCACUGUUUUUUCCCUUGAGCCCUUCAUAUAUAUUACUGAAUGUUUGAAAUUAUUAGAAAAAUAAUUAUAAUUGGCUUGUUAAAUUUAAUUUAUAACCCAGAACAACUAAACUUAUUUUAAAUCAUGCUCAAGUGAAGUAGUUGUAAAUCCUGUUAAAGCAAUUUUGGUACUAAAGAUGCACAAUUGGUUUACAUGGUUAAAUUCCUUUUGAAUAUUCUAUUCCAUAAUUAUUGUCACUAAUAUUAGUAACAUAGAGGAAUUAAUCCCUCCAUUAUAAAACCACAACAGCUUUCACUUUCACAUUUUUUAUGCUUCAGUAUUGUGUGAUAGCUUUCAAUUUUGUAAUACCCUUCAUUAUGUUGUGAUGUGUUGUUGUUAAAGUGUGAAAUUGCAUUGUGUAGUCAAGUGGCGCUUAUCAUUUCCUUUUGUAUUUGCUGUUAUGUUUUAAGUGUAGUGGUACACAAUUAAUGAUAUUGGGUACUUGGGUUAUUUGAAAGAUUUCCCUGAUCACAGGUUAAGCACCAGUUUGAGCCCGACUGCAUGUACAGUGUACACCAUACUAGCUAAAAAAAUGCAACUUUUGCUAAUACUAAUAAAUAAGUACUGAUAUACAAGUGACGGAAGCAAAAUAUUUUUUGUUAACUUGUCGUCAUUAGACAAAGUUCCUUAAAAGUUAUAAAAAUAAGUGUUAUUUUAAAGACAAUGCCCAACCGUUACUUUCCUCCUCCCAUUUCUAGGGCUUACAUUCAACUAUGGUGCUCUCUUAGGGUGGGCAUCAGUCAAGGCCUCAGUUGAUUGGUCAAUAUGCCUCCCUCUGUAUUUCUCAUGUAUCAUUUGGACCUUAAUUUAUGAUACCAUCUAUGCUCAUCAGGUAAGCAAGAAAAGAUAAUUAUUCAAGGUGUAUAAAUAAAUAUGGGAAAAAUAAGGCCACUACUUUAUUUUUAAAGCACUAAUGGAGGAUUAAUUUUUUUCUACAAAAUUUAGACAAUUGUGGAAAACAUUUUUUAAAAUUUAUUUGGAAGGAACUGAUAAUAAAUUAAAGAAAAAAAAUUAAAAUAUAAAUAAUUAAGACAAUCAUUACAUUUCAUUAGAAGACAGGAGGUUAUUUCCCCCACUGCCUUCUUUGGCCUAGUUAAAAAUUAGGCCGAAGUUCAUGGGAAUUCAAUAUUCACUUAGCUCCUAUGGUUUUUGUAUGUUGUAAAUAUAGUUACUUUAUAGGUAAACAUGUUUGUUAUGCUUGUAGUCUGAUGAAUGUUGCGGGAAUCCUAGUAUCUAAUUUUUCUAAUUUCAUUUUUGUUCAUAAAGUUUUGGAAUGACUUAUUUUUUAAAAAUUGUAUGGUUUUAACAAGUUAAACUUUGUUCAGAGUUGUUUUGUUUGAAUAUUUUGUUUAGUGUGCUUCAAGCAUUUACACUGUCAAGGGCAUAAGGUUUUUAAAUAAUAUCAUUUAGUAUUAACAUACUAAAUAAGAAACAUGAAUAUUCAAGAUCUCCCUUCAGAGCACUAUACUUUUUACAAAUUUACUGUUUCUUUCUUGCUUUAAAUUUAGAUAUUCUCUUUUUAAUUUGAUUGUGUAACUCAAUGUUCUAUUCAGCCUAGUACUAGUACACAAUGCAAACCUUGAGCAGCUCAGUUACCACAGGAUUGGGUUUCAGGAAAUUCAUUUACAAUAUUGAGGUUAUGUUUAUUUUCAUUUUAAAAAAAAAUAAGACACAACUGAAGCCUUGCUAUUAUUUUUUUGUUGUUGCUGUGUGCCACACAGCCAUAAUGAAUAAAGUUGACCACAAACUUUGGUGGGUUUGACUUUAUUUGGUAGUUUUGAUUUACUAUAGAAACAGUAAAAUAAUGUGCUUCAGGUAACAAUAGAAAUUGUACCUCUGUUUCUAGGGACUCUUUUUAUCUUCUCAUUCAUUCUCUCUACAUUUCUUCAAGAAUAUCAUUUGUUGCCUUCUCUAGUCUUUUCAUCUCUUCUAAUACACUAUAUUUGUACAUCUUUAUUUACCAAGUUAUAACUUUAAGGCUUAUAUCCAAGUGUGUCUUUGAGUAGUGUACACAUAAGCAGAUCUAGGCUUUGUCCAGAGGGAGACCCUUUCAUAGUGUGUGGAAUCAAUGGUAGUAACAGGACAUUUAAUUUUAUAAGUUUAAUUUAAACCAAAAGUGGGGGUAGAGGUCGUCUUUUUUGCCCUAGAUGUGCCACUGACUAAGAAUUUGUGACCAUGUUAGUGAAAGAUGGUUAGCUUGCCUUAGAAGCAUAAAUGCACUGUGACAUCUUAGUAUGUAUUUUAUGGGGGUAUAAUAAUUAUUUAAAUAUUAUUUUAAAAUCUAAAAAUUCUAACUUUAAUUCUCUUUAAAAUAGGAUAAAUAUGAUGAUAUGCUAAUAGGAGUAAAGUCUACAGCCAUUCGACUUGGGGAUCAGACAAAGCCAUGGAUGGCUGCCUUUACCGUCGUCAUGAUGGGUGGCCUGACAGGAUCAGGCCUUCUUUGUGAUAUGAUGUGGCCUUACUUUGCAGCAGUUGGGUUAACAGGAGCCAGAUUGGGACAGCAAGUAAGCUAUGUUUUUAAGCUGCCUGCUAUUAUAAUUCUGUAAUUCAGUGAUCAGCAAACUGGGGUAAAUUGCCCCAAAAAGGGUAAAAAUGGAAACCUUUGGGGUAAUGAGGGUUAAAAAAUAGUUCAAAAUAGUUCUUUUAAAUAGGAUAAAUAUGAUGAUGAUAUGCUCAAGGGAUGCAACGUUUUCAAAAUUGCUCAUUGCUGCCUAAUGCAACAACUUAAUUUUUGUGAACAAGGAUUUCUUACUCCAUUGAACAUAGAAACAAGGCAUAGAAAUCAAAUAUUUAACCCCAAAGACAGUACCCAAAUUUCUCUGAUUUAAAAGGGCCCAAACUUUGAUGACACAGUGUAUCUAAAUGAAACAUCAUUUCUAAAAAAUUUAAAGUGAACAUUUUUUUCAAAGGAAUUCUUUCGCUCCACAAGGAGGCUUUUACUUUUAUUAAUUUAUUUUAUUGAUGUUAUGUUGUAAUUAUGUUAAUAGUUGUAUUCUCCAUGAUCAAUCAUUGAGCCAUUUUGAAUUUAAAUAGUCUAUGAUUUUCUUCCUUAAAUAGGGUGUAAUGUCGGCCUGACCCCUGCUUUAAUUGUUACAUUUUAUUCUAUUAAAUUUUUAACACAUAUAGAAUUUUUGUAUGUAGAGUAAUAUGAACACAAAUAUUUCCUUCUAUUCAAUUUUUAUUCUAUUUUUAAUAAGAGCUCAAAGCUAAUGAUAUUCUGAUAAGUGUAAUUGUUUUCUUUCAGAUCUAUUCUGUUGAUCUUGAUAAUGCUGAAGAUUGUGCUAAAGCAUUCCGUGGAAACUUUUAUUUAGGAGGAGUUAUGUUCAUAGGCAUAGUCCUAGCUAAUCUCUUAAAAUCUAAGGAACAGAUGACAUUACAAGAUGACUCUAAAGAGCUAGUUUAGUUAAAUGUUAAUUAAAUAGUUGUACUUUUUUGUAAUUUCAAUAUGCUCCAGAUUUUGCACUAUAUUAUUUAUCAGAUUUUAAUAUUAUUAAAAGAAUAUUUUAUGUCCUUUGGUCUAUUGCUCAAAUCUUUUCAGAAAUGUUUGUGUUACAACCGUUUAAAACUCAAAUAUUAUACUUUUGCCUUAUUUUGUAUUUAUGUCCCAAAUCCAACACUCAUUUAAAUUGUGUCUACACAAAUUGAAUCAGAAUAUGAUAAUUAAUAACAAAAAAAUUAAGUUAUCUGUGCUUCCAUCUCAUUGGAAAUAGAAGUUAAAUCACUUAUUUUUUCAAAAUCUGUUCACUGGUAUUAAUGUCUCAAUUGUUCCUAAAAAAAUACUAAAUUGUAUUAUUAUACAUAAGAUUUGUUUUUUUAGAAACAAUAGACAUUAAAUCUUUUGUUGUUAAUAAGCCUAAAACCAUUGUUUACAGUAAAGCAAUUAAUUACAAAGUUUGCAAACUUUAUUUCAUUUAGCCCUCAG